GUGGGGCGUGGGAUCCAUUCUGCUGUGUGAUUUUGGAGGAUGAGAGGGGAUGCGCAAAGCAGUACGCACUACGCACAGCGAUACGGGAACUGUAACUUCCUACAAAAGCAUGAAAACACAAUCCGAGUCCAGAAAUAGUGUGUGAUGAACAGCAGAGUAUGUGAUAAGCGCCUGAUAGAGGAUCUCACAUUUAGUCUCCAAAACUCAUCAUAAACAUAAACUGGACUGAAUAUCCCUAUCAGCAUCAGACUGACUGCAGUAUCCCAUCAUGCCUCUGAUCGUGUUGCCCUCCUCCCAGCUGCUAUGGGUGCGCGUAGCUGCCCUGCUGUUCACCUGUGUUGCGUUCAGUGUCGCGGCACACGGGGCCAGUGUGAAUUACAGCAGCAUGGGUGACUGGUGCAUCUUCUGCUGGGCGUUCAGCUUCGCCUGUACCCUGCUGGUCCUGCUGGUGGAGCUGUUCGGUCUUCAGGCCCGAGCCCCGGUCUCCUGGUCUAACUUCCCCAUCACUGUCGCCUGCUAUGCGUCCCUCCUCUGCCUCUCUGCAUCCAUUAUCUUCCCUGUAUACUUCCUCAAAGAUCAGAACUUCCACAGCGAAAUACGAGAUCAUCGCAUUGUCUCCACGGUGUUCUCCUGUCUGGCGGCGGUGGCCUACAUGGGGGAGGUGAGCCUGUCCAAAGCCAGGCCAGGAGAGGUGACGGGUUACAUGGCUACAGCACCGGGUCUGUUAAAGGUGUGUCAGACCUUUGUGGCCUGCGUCAUCUUCAUCCUCGUCAGUAACCCCGUGUCGUACGACCACCAUCCUGCUCUUAAGUGGUGCAUGGCGGUGUACUGCAUCUGCUUCAUCCUGUCCAUGGCUGUGGUGGUUCUAUGUGUGGGCGAGUGCACCGGAUGUCUCCCGAUCCCCUUCUCGAAGUUCUUGUCAGCUUAUGGGCUCCUGGCCGCGAUCAUGUACUUCACCGCAACCAUCAUCUGGCCUGUAUUCCAAUUUGACAAACAGUACCAGAGACGAGGAAAUUCCACAAAUCUGAUCACUGUGUCGGUGCUCACUGCUCUCAACUUCUUGCUUUAUCUGGCAGAUCUGGCCUACACCGCUAGACUAGUGUUUGUCAGUGCCUGAGGAGAAAGGAAAUGAAGGAGGACCACACCCUGAGCGCUGAACAUAAAUCCUUUAGACAAGAGCUUGAGUGCCUUAGCAGUGGAGUGUAGCUGACGCUGAAUUUUUGUCAAAAAGACAAGCAUUUGUCUUAUUGAUGUCCUAUUGCAACAAGAAAAGCCCACAAGUUAAAAGCUUACUUACAGUAUAUACGUUUAUGCUUCAUGUUUAUAUAAAUUGCCAAUGACAGUAUUUAACCUUAAAUGUGAAGUAAUCUGCAAGUGUGGAAAACAAUGUGAAAGACGUGUGUUACGAUGA